GUAAGUUUUCCCCAAUUUCCCCAUUUCUCUAUAUCUUGCAUUUCCUUCAUCUGUUAUGUUUUAGAUCUCUGCUGCUUUCUGUGGCUUUUUGGAGAUGUUGGGGGAGAAGGAGAUCAAAAUCAUUGAAUAAUUUGCUAUAUUAAUCAUAAAAUCCAAGAUACAUGCAUUGUAGUCCAGUCCAUUAAUUUCCCUAUGCAAGGACUGAUGGAGAAGAAACCAGGGAUUUACACAUAUGAAGCUCAAUGGCCAAUCUAUGCACUAGCAUGGUCAGUACGCAGUGAUAAGAAAACACGCCUUGCCAUUGGAAGCUUCAUUGAGGAUUACAACAACAAGGUUGAACUCGUUCAAUUCAAUCAAGACACUACUCAUUACUCCAACGAUGCUCGCCUUGUCUUCGACCACCCUUACUCACCCACAAGACUCCUUUUCUUUCCUUCCGAAAGCACAUCAAACCCCGAUCUCGUCGCAACAUCCGGUGACUAUCUAAGGCUUUGGGAGAUUCACGAUGACCGAAUUGAGCUUAAAUCCCUCCUCAACAGUAACAAAACCAGUGAGUUCAACUCACCCAUUACCUCAUUUGAUUGGGCUGAGUUUGAUUGUAGCCGAGUUGCAACUUCCAGCAUAGACACCACAUGUACGAUAUGGGAUAUAGAAAGGGAGAUAGUGGACACUCAAUUGGUGGCACACGAUAAAGAGGUGUACGAUAUCUCUUGGGGAGCUCCUGGUGUGUUUGCUUCAGUUUCAGGGGAUGGUUCAGUUAGAGUGUUUGAUUUGAGGGAUAAAGAGAGGUCAACAAUUAUAUAUGAAAAUACCAAUACUGAGAGUCCUCUGUUACGUUUAGAAUGGAACAGAGCUGAUCUAAGGUUCAUGGCCACGGCUGGGAUGGACAGUAAUAAGGUGGUUGUGUUGGACAUCAGGUUCCCUACUUGCCCGUUAAUGGAGCUCAGAAAGCACAAGGGAAGUGUUAACUCUAUCGCAUGGGCACCGCACACAGGGCGACAACUUUGCUCUGUUGGAGAUGAUGCAAGGGCUCUAUUGUGGGAACUCCCGGCCGGUGGGAUUCGACCGGAGUCCGACGAUGGCCACGUGGAACCUGUAAUGUGGUACAGUUCAGUAGCAGAGAUCAAUCAGGUUACUUGGUCUUCACUUGAUCCAAAUUGGAUUGCAAUUGCAUUCUUGAAUAAAUUACAACUGUUGAGGGUGUGAAUGGAGUUACUAGCUCCAGCCUCCAAGGGAAUCUCUCAA